AUGGCCAUCAGCACGCGAUGCAUCUCCGUGAACACGGAGAAGCUAUUGCACGCGGUCAAGAAACUCGUUGGCGAGCUAGACUUCUCGUUCCACAUCGUCAGCACCAACAACGCGAGCGAGAACUCGUCAGCCGCGACGCUGGUCAGGAACGCGAGUCGGUGGAGCGGGAGCGGGAGCGGGAGGAGCAAGCAAGAGUAA